AGGUACAACAUCUGUUUAUUUGAGAACACUUGUAUCCAGUCCUUACAACUUUUCUUCAAAUACCUCAGUAGUAUCAGGUAGCAUUGAGAACCUGUAUCUAAAGGAGAACCAGGAGAACAUUAAGAACAUUAAGACCUAACCCUAGAUACCAGAAGAACCUACAGAACUUUGAGAAACUGCAGAACAAGGAGAACCUAUAGAACAAGUAGAACCUACAGAACAAGGAGAACCUACAGAACAAGGAGAACCUGAAGAACAAGAAGAACUAGGAAAACAAGAAGAACCUACAGAACAAAGAGAACUUGCAGAACAAGGAGAACCUGCAGAACAUGGAAAACCUGUCAGAACAAGGAGAACCUACAUAACAAGAACAAGAAGAACCUACAGUACAAGGAGAACUUGCAGAACAAGGAGAACCUGAAGAACAAGGAGAAUCUGAAGAACAAGGAGAACCUGAAGAACAAGGAGAAUCUGAAGAACAAGGAGAACCUGAAGAACAAGGAGAACCUGCAGAACAAGUAGAACUUGCAGAACAAGUAGAACUUGCAGAACAAGUAGAACUUGCAGAACAAGGAGAACCUGCAGAACAAGGAGAACUUGCAGAACAAGGAGAACUUGCAGAUCAAGGAGAACCUGCAGAACAAGGAGAACCUGCAGUACAAGGAGAACCUGCAGAACAAGGAAGAACCUGUAGAACAAUAAUAACCUACAGAGCAAGGAGAACCUACAGAACAAGGAGAACCUACAGAACAAGGAAGAACCUGUAGAACAAGGAGAAUUAGGAGAGCAAGAAGAACCUGCACUUGCAUAACAAGGAGAACCUGCAGAAGAAAGAGAGCCUUCAAUACACGGAAACUCUUUAGAACCUUGGAACCGAAACUUUAAUACCUGAACCUAGAAGAACCAAACCAAUCUGAAAAUCCGGGAUCUAAAGAAGUGAGAUUUUCAAAAUUUGAAAAUUAUAAAACCGACUAAAUAACGGAAGUGUGUUAAACAAAGUUAUAAAGUUGACACGAAAUCAACAUUAUUGUUAGUUUGGAUAAAAACGACAAAUAAUCGAGAAAACUAGAUGAGAUAUCUCAGCAGUGUAUAAGAUGACUCAUCAUUGAUGUAUAUAUUAUGAAAUAUGCAAAGGUUUCAACUGUUAUAAAAUGAGAGGAAGAAGUAAAAGUUACUCAGAUCUAUCCACCCUACUCCCCCCUUGUAUCCAUACUGUAUCCUGUAUACAGAAGCUUGUCUGUCUCCCUCGGGUCUCCUUGGUUAUACCUUGUGUUAGAUGUUUGUGUUCAAGAGAUACAAAGAGAAGACGGUCUGUGUUCUAUACUAACCUAGAGAUAGGUUUAUCAGAUGAUUCUGAUUUCUCAGACGAUAAUCUGAUUUUUAAUCAAUCCAUGAAAACCAUCCAAGUUAAGCAGACGCAGCAUUACGAACAGCAAGUUGGGAAAUUAAAAUGGAAACAGGAACUGUUGAAGAAUAUUCGAACUAAACAGGAACACUGGAUUAAGAAUAGGCUAGCUGAAGGCAAGAAACAGGAAAAUGUGUUUUCUAACUCAUCGUCAGGACAAAAUUGGAAACAGGAGGAGGAGAAGCUGAGCUCUUGUAUUCAAAAGAAACAGGAGAGAAAUAUAUCCAGCAACUCAAAACCAUUGAAAAGGGACAACAAAGCAAUGAUACAGGGUCGAGAAGCAAGGAUACAGGGCGGAGAAUCAAGGAUACAGGGCGGAGAAUCAAGGAUACAGGGAGUAGAAACAAGACUACAGGGCGGAGAAUCAAUACAGGUCGGAGAAUCAAGAAUAAAGGUAGGAGAAUCAAGGAUACAGGGCGGAGAAUCAAUGAUACAGGGCGGAGAAUCAAGAUUACAGGGCGGAGAGGCAAGGAUACAGGAGGGAGAAGCAAUAAUACAGGGCGGAGAAUCAAGAAAACAGGGCGGAGAAUCAAGGAUACAGGGCGGAGAAUCAAGACUACAGGGCGGAGAAUCAAGGAUACAGGAGGGAGAAGCAAGAAUACAGGGCGGAGAAUCAAGAAUACAGGUCCGAGAAUCAAGGAUUGAUGGCAAAGAAUCAAGGAUACAGGGCGAAGAAGCAAGGUUGCAGGGUGUAAAAGCAAGCAUUGAUGGCGAAGAAUCAAGGCUCCAGGGCGGAGAAGAUGUAUCUAAGAUACCGAACGGAAAAUCAAGGAUAGAAGAGGGAUAUAUUCACACGAAACAUUGGUAUGAGGAAACUAGUAAAUCCUGCGGGAAUUAUACUCACGCUACAGGGAAACUGUGUGGUUGGGAGGUGGGGAAUCUUCCAGGAGGGGAGGGGAAAACUAACAACAUAUAUUCACACGGAAUAUCAGUUGGUUUUCAACCAUCGUGUGGUACAGACAUGACUAGCCGUGCUCCACCAACAAGAACAAGAACUCGAAUAUACAGAGAUAAGAGCAAAGAAAGGACACUGCUCUCCUCCAAGAACUCGUUUAACUCUUCCUUUAAGAAGAGGAAUGAAGAGAACAAGAAGACAAGAUUAGGAAUAGCGAUUGCGGACAACUUUCCUAGUCCUUAUGAUAAGGAUGGGCUGCCCUUUAGGCAGGGAGAUUGUAUCGAGAUUAUAAGUAUGGAUGCUACUGGUCUAUGGCGGGGUAAGGUGGGAGGACGGAUUGGAGUGUUUAAGUUUAUCUAUGUACGAGUAUGCACUGAAGAGGAAGAGGAGAAAAUAUUAAACCGGAAACAUCAGGAUAUCAGUUUGGAAGAGUUUCUAUGUUCCGGUAAUCUAUCGAAUCUUGUUCCUAUUUUAACUCUGAAUGGAUAUGAUACUUUAAACCAUCUAGUUUAUAUGUCACAGGCUGAGUUUGAGUAUCUAGGAAUAUGUUCAAGUUUACAGAAAACUAUUUUCAACAAUCUUAAUAAACUCUCAACUCAGUCAAACUCUUCUAACUCAGAGGGUUCUGUUAACUCAAAGGACUCAGAAGAUUCUGGAAAAUCCAGCUCGGACUUAUCAGUCAACUCAGAUUCAGUUAACUCUUUGUUUUCGGAAGAUUCUGCCGAUUUGGUGAACUCAGAUUUAGUGGGUUGUGAAGCCUUUAACUCUGAAUACUAUGUGAACUCUUAUUAUAACGAAGAGUUUUCUGACCUCUCUUCACCUGAAGAACUCUCCAGUGAUAUCAACGCUAACUCUUGUUCUCCUUGUACCUCUUCUUUAUAUAGAACUAAAGAGGCGAUGGAUACAAGGUCCACAGUGGUGAAACCUUCAAACACAGUGGUUAAACCUACGAACGCAGAGGUUAAACCUUCAAGCACAGUGGUUAAACCUCAACUAUCCAAACCAAGCUCAUUUCUUUACUCAUUUAACUCUAAUUCUAGUUUUAUUUCAAGUAUUGAUAUCUAAAACCAAACUUUUUGCUUAAAAUCCAGAAGUGCACAUUGUAAAAAUAUUUUCUGUAUAUUUAUUUAUUUAUACUAUUAUGUUUUUGAUAGUGAAGUAAUUAAAAGUUUUUAGAAGGGAUCAAUCCUAUACUUGGUUUGGGAUCAAUCCUAUACUUGGUUUAUAAUGAGUGUUAGUGAACCCUUCAAUUUAAAAUAUUUGAUUCUUUUAUGUCGAAUUGUUUUUGUUUUUUUCAUUGCAGGAU